AUGGAAAAUAAUAUUGAUUUGCUUCAACCAUAUCAAAAAGAAUGGUCUAUUAGCGUUAUGGUAAUUCGAAGCGGAUCAAUAGAAUCAUAUAACAAUGGUUCUAACAAAAAAAGAAAAAUCAUAUUAGUUGAUAUUAAAGGAACCAAAAUACAAGCUAUUUUAUUCAAUGAAGCGGUGGAAAAGUUCAAAGAUUGUUUAGAAAGAGGCAAGACUUAUACGAUCACUAAUGGAGUGGUUAAAGCAAUUAAUUCACAUUAUCCUAAUGUGAAUGAAAGAAUUGAACUGUCUCUGACACUAUAUAGCACUGUCAUCGAAUGUGCGAUAAUUAUUCCAAGAGAUGUUUUAAUAUUUAACUUUACAUCGUUUAAUGAUGUAGAAAAAAUUUCUGAUGAGAAGACUAUGGUAGAUAUAUUGGGCAUUGUAGAACAUGUCAAAUCUGCUUUCACGGUGCAAACAAGAAUGGGGAUACCAACUAGAAAAAGAGAAAUACUUCUUCUUAAUGACAAAUUGGAAAAGCUAAAUUUAAUUUUAUGGGGAGAUCUAGCUGACAAUGAAGGUGGUGAAGUAGAAUCUCUCCUUCAAAAUUCGGACCAGAGGCCAAUAAUAGCCUUAUCCAAUGUCAAAGCAAAAAUAUAUGCCGAAGAAUUACAACUCAAUACAACUCAAGUUACAACAAUAGAGAUAAACUUAGACUUACUAGAAGUGGAUGAACUACGUGAAUCGUAUUAUUCCAAUAUAUUGGUAAACAAACAAGUAAGUUUUCUUUCGUCGCCUAAUAAAUUUACAAAGGUUUCAGAAGUUACAUUGAAAGAAAUAAUAGAAAAUAAGUAUCAAGAGAUUCAAUGUUAUUUUGAGGCAACUAUAUUAUCGGUUGUAAAUAGCAACAAUCCUUGGUAUAAUUCUUGUAACAAGUGCAGCAAAAAGAUAUAUCCAAACAAAGGGCAUCUAAAAUGUUUCAAUUGUAAUGAUGAAAAUCCUCAAUAUACUCCAAGGUAUAUGCUCAAACUACUUGUCUCAGAUUCAAUCGAAGAAGCAUAUGUCACCAUAUUUGAUAAUGCAGAAAUCUUGAUUGGAUGUCCGGUGUUUAAAUAUAUGAAAUUAAAUAUGGACGGACCAAAAGAAGAUAUACAAUUUUACAAGAAAUUGAUGUCUUGCCAGUCAAAACAAUAUCGUUUUCUUGUGAUGUUGAAAAAAGAUAAGGAAGCUGAUUAUGCAAGGAAGCAAAUGGUUGCAUCAGAUGUACAAGAAGUUGAAGACAAUAAUUCAGCAAGAGAACUCAGAGAUAAGGAAAAGUUUAAAGACAAUAAUCAAGUUAUAGAAAUAAAAGAUGAUGUCCUUGAAGCUGAAGGAGAUACAAGAUUAAAGAAGAAAAUCAAGAUUGAGAAAGAUUAA